AUGAUAUUUGUGGUAGUUGGGCACGUGAUAUUUGGAUUGGAGGGCAAAAUAGGUACUUUCAUGGCAACGAGAUUCCAAGAGGAAAUAGAGCUGGAGUCUGUACAGGAGACGCAGCCGCUGAAGACGCCAGGAAAUGGUCAGAUCCGAUAUCGAUCACCGUCGGCUGCAGAACUUUUAGAAUCACAGCAAGGUCAAGCCGAACUACUUCAAAUGGAGAAAAUAUCGCGGCGAACGAGACAUGAGACGGUCUAUGACAAAAUACAGAGAUAUCGUGGUGCCCUACUCAUGAUCUCGGUCCCUGUCCUACUAAUCACUCUUCUGUUCUUUCUCAUGCCAUCACGCAACCCUGCCAAUUCAAUGGAGUCCUUUCCUCGCAAGUUCUCUCCGAAUCCUAAAACUCAGAGCUACGCUGUGAUUUUUGAUGCCGGAAGUUCUGGUAGUAGGGUCCACGUCUUUUGCUUUGACAAGAAAUUGGAUCUUAUUCCUAUUGGCAAAGAACUGGAGCUUUUUGUGCAGAAAAAACCAGGUUUGAGUUCAUUUGCAAAAGACCCCAAAGCCGCUGCUGACUCCCUACUAGAGCUACUAGAGAAAGCUGAAGCUGCAGUUCCCAGAGAAUUGCAACAUAAUACACCAGUUAGAGUCGGGGCAACUGCAGGUCUUAGGCAACUAGAUGGUGAUACACCAGACAGGAUACUGCAAGCGGUAAGGGAUCUUUUGAAGAACAGAGGCACAUUCAAGUCCAAGGCAGAUUGGGUCACCGUUCUUGAUGGAAAUCAGGAAGGUGCUUAUCAAUGGGUGACAAUCAACUAUCUACUAGGGAAUUUGGGUGAAGAAUAUCCGUCUACCGUUGGAGUGGUUGAUCUUGGAGGUGGAUCUGUACAAAUGGCAUAUGCCAUCUCUGAUGCUGAUGCUGCAAAGGCUCCUAGGUUAUCAGAUGGAGAGAAUACUUAUGUGCAGGAAAUGUAUCUCAAGGGUCGAAAAUAUAACCUUUAUGUCCACAGUUACUUGCACUAUGGCUUACUGGCAGCACGAGCUGAAAUUUUGAAGGUUGAAAAAUCCGGCAAUCUCUGCAUCUUGUCUGGUUAUAAUGGUUCGUACAAGUAUGGAGGAGUAGAAUACGAUGCAUCUGCUUUCUCAUCUGGUUCGAGCCUGAAUGCAUGUAGAGAAGCAGCUAAUAAGGCUCUUAAAAUUGAUGAACCUACAUGCACGCACAUGAAGUGCACUUUUGGUGGGGUGUGGAAUGGCGGAGGAGGAAAUGGUCAGAAGAAUCUGUUUGUUGCUUCAUUUUUCUUUGAUCGAGCUGCUGAGGCCGGUUUUGUGGAUCCAAAAAAUGCUGUUGCUAAAGUCCGUCCCGCUGAUUUUGAGGAUGCGGCCAAAAAAGCAUGCCAAAUGAAGCUGGCAGAUGCAAAGUCUAAAUAUCCUCGUGUGGAUCCAGAUAAUUUACCGUACUUAUGCAUGGAUCUCGUCUAUCAAUACACACUGCUCAUAGAUGGGUUUGGCCUCGAUCCAGAGCAAGAGAUUACAUUGGUGAAAAAAGUCGAGUAUCAAAAUUCGCUGGUUGAAGCAGCAUGGCCGCUAGGCAGUGCCAUUGAGGUUAUGUCAUUGAAGACAUGA